AUGGACACCACCGCUCCAUGGAUUACCAAGACUGACAACAUUCCAAUAAAAUCUCCAGUGGAGAAUAAGCCUGUUCCGUUUGGAGGUAAUGCUGCUGUGGCUUUUCAAACUCAACCGGAUAUUGUUCAUGAACCGACAUCAAAGACCAUUGUCGAGUGUUCUGCGUCUGUUAUGAGUGGAGGGACGGCUACUUCGGGUAUCAACAGUGGAAGUGUUGCUCCGACAAAUCUUUCCACUUCGCAAUGUCAAGGAUGUACUCUUCUUCAUCAGCGUGUGGCCACUAUGCUUCGAACUGCGGCAACCACGUUUAUUGAGAUGGCGGAUGCUUUCCAGGAGAUUCAACAGGGGAAGAACAACAACAAUUGA